AUGAGUGCUACCACAACCAUCAAGAAUUACCCCGCGCCCGAGUCAUGCGCCGCCACUCAACUCCGGAUCAUGUCCGGAGACGGGCCGGUCACCAGAACCGUCUUACGGACGCCCCCACGCGAUGCCGAUCCAUCAGAAUUGCCGGUGAUUGACAUAUCUGACAUUUACAGCCCUUUGCUGCCAGAGCGCCGCCAAGUCGCCGAGAAGUUGCGCAGCGCCUGCACCAAUACGGGCUUUUUCUACAUUGCCAACCACGGCAUACCCACUAAAGUUCUCAACACCGCCCACGCCGCCAGCUUGGACUUCUUUCGCCAGCCGCGCACCGUAAAAGAUCAAGCUAGUUCAGAACAGUCGCAAAUUUUUAAUGGCUACCAAGGGCCGCGCAGCCAGCGAAUUAACCCGUUUGAAUCCGUCGACGUUCGGGAGAGUUUCUCGUGGAAAUAUGAUCCCAAGUACGACGAAACCGUGACCGAUCCAGCUGCCAUUCCCGCCGAGGUGGCCCGCUGUCUGAUCAGCGAGGACUUUUUGUGGGAUGCAACGGCAAACUUGCCAGAAUUCAAGACUGCGAUCCUUGAGUACUGGCGGUCGUGUCUGAGACUUGCCCGUGCGCUUGUGCGGUCGUUUGCGCUCUCGCUCCAUUUGCCCGAAGAUUUUUUUGAUGAAAAGUUCUCCCAUCCGGACGCAACCUUUUGCGUCAAUUACUAUCCACCACUGAAGCAGGUUCAACUAUCAACCGAUGAAGAUGCCGAGGUCUCUAUAGGCUCCCAUACAGACUUUCAGCUCUUCACCAUGCUGUGGCAAGACAAGAUCGGUGGAUUGCAGGUCCUCAAUAAGCAGGGCCAAUGGAUCAACGCAAAACCCAUUGAGGGGACGUUUGUUGUCAAUAUUGCUGACUAUAUGCAAAGAAUCACGAAUGAUUUAUACGUUAGUACGGUGCAUCGCGUGCGGAAUUUGAGCGGUAAAGAGCGCAUAAGCAUGCCGUUCUUCUUUGGCUUCAACUUGAAUGAAAGCUGCGACGUCCUGGAUAGUUGCGUCCCAGAAGGUGAAGAGAAGAAGUACCAGGAAAUUAGUUGCCGCGAUUGGGUUGAACGACGGGCCAAGGGCAUGAAUCAAGGCGAUCUGAAGAAACCAAUCUUAUGA